AUGCCGAAACGCAAAGGACACCCCACGGGUCGCGCAAAGAAGCCCGUCGUUGAGUCCGAAACAGUCUUCUUUUAUGCGCCCAACGAAAAACCUUAUGGGAUCUUCUGUCAAUGGUACUCUUCGCCUAUCGUCAUUCCAACGGCUUCCCUAGAGUUCUUGGACACCUUUUCCACUGCCACGCCGACGCCGUCGACUAUCCUCUCUACGUACGCACCAUCCAUAGCCUUCACCUGCGCGGAACAGUUCUACAUGUUCUGCAAAGCUGUCUACUUCUCCGACGCCUCAUCAUGCACGCGCAUCCUCAACACACGCGACCCGAAGGAGCAAAAGGCGCUAGGGGCGCGCGUGAGCGGCUUCAAUGAUUACAAGUGGACGAGAGUCAAGAGUAGAGUUGCAAGAGUGGGAAACUGGUACAAGUAUGUGCAGAAUCGGGCGAUGAAAGACGUGUUGCUGGGGACGGGCGAGCGGGAGCUGGCGGAGGCGAGCAGUAGGGACAGGGUGUGGGGUAUUGGA